AUGUCUGCUCCAUUCGGCCUCGCUGUCGUGGGGACGAACUGGAUCACCAACUCUUUCGUGCAAUCAUGCCAUGAGAGCAAACUAUUUACCCUCACGGCUGUGUACUCGAGGAAGCUCGAUACAGCGAAUAGUUUCAUCUCCGAAACGCCCUCAAUCAAAGAUGCUUCUAAAGUGGAGGCUUAUGAUGACUUGGACACCAUGCUGUCCAAGGGAUCCAAUAUUGAUGUUGUGUACAUCGCAUCACCCAACUCGUUGCACUAUGAACAGGGCAUCAAGGCUCUCAAUGCUGGCAAACAUGUCAUCAUGGAAAAGCCCUUCGCCUCCAACAUGAAAGAACUCGAGGCUCUUUAUGAGCUCGCCGACUCCAAGGGUCUCUUCAUUCUCGAAGCCUAUCGUCAUAUUCAAGAGCCCAACUUCAAGACACUUCAACGGCUACUUGAUGAUGAGAAGACUAGAUCAGAGAAGUUUGGGAAGAUUUAUGGCGCAAAUCUCUCGAUGGCAGUGUAUUCCCCGUUAUUUGGAGACAUCACAGAAGGCAAUGUUCCAAAUGUUGCAUCUCCCAAGUUCAGUGGAGGCUGUCUAUGGGAUAUGGGUUGUUAUCCUGUCACAUUCGCUGUGCGGCUCUUUGGCAAACCCUCAUCUCAGACAUACUUUCCAGUCGUUCUUGAGACACGUGUUGAUGGUGGUGGUCUUAUCGUGUUCCACUACACGCCAGAGUCUUCAAAGCACCAGCAGAGCUUUACACUAUCGGCCCGCACGAGCAAGCUUUAUGACUCCCAUGCUCCAACCGAGAUCUACUGUGAGAAGGGAACCAUCAAGAUAUUUGGCAGUCAGGCUUCGAACGUCACAGAUAUCUGCACUAUGAAGUUCUUUCCAAGAGGAUCACAGGAGUCUAAGGAGCUGGGAGAUAUCAGUCCUGAGUAUACAGAUAUGUUGAACCUGACGUGGGAGGCAAAGGAGCUUGGACGUAUCAUUAAGGAGAGUGACCGGGAAGCUGAAGCUGACUUGAGAGAACUUAGUCGAAGCGUUCUCACAGUGAUGGAGGAUAUGAGGAAGAAGAACGGUAUUGUGUUUGGUAGUGAUUCAUGA